AAUGUCAACAAAAAGUCUUAAAGAUUUUGUUUUUAAGUUGUGCUUCAAUUUUUGAGUUACACUUUGGUAUAGUUUCAUGUUAUUAAAAAUUUGUUAAACUUGUUUGUUAAAAUCGUCUAGAUGUCCUGCACCGCAGAGGAAAUUGCCGAGAAACGACGGAUUGCGAUAGAACGUCUUAACGCCCGCAAGAAUGCAGUGGAGAACAGUAAACCACAAUCAAUCCCAUCGUCGGAAGCGUCUCCAAAACCUACUUUCACAUUGCCCCUAAAACAGCAGCAGGCCAUUCACAGCAGUGCUUCUUUCUAUGGAAAGGCCAAUGCAACAGAUAAUCCGCACCAAUCUAGUAAUAAUAAACCGAACGGUUAUGGUCCGGGAAAGGUGAAACAAGUUUUCACCAACACACGAAUGCAAUCUAACCCGUAUACAAGAAAUGGCCCAGCGAAUAGAAGAACUCCGGGCAAAAUAGCGCCCGUUUUCAUACGGACAGUCACAUGUGCGUGUGCAAUGGUCUCGGAAACUCGAUUUGUUGUACAAGCAUCUGGUUUCAACGAUAAACUAAUUGAAGUGUUCAAAAGUAUUCCUUCAAAGCAAUAUGAACCUGCUACAAAAAACUGGACAUUCAGCAUUACAGACUACUCGCUAGUUCAGGAAAGGGUUACUGCUCUGAACCCACACGUUUCGAUUGGUCCUAUCCCAGGAUUCGUACUUCGAUUCUUUACCGGGAAUAAGCGUACCAUACCGAAUCGAUCUUGCCUGGAUGCCAUUGAUCCAACGCUGGCAAACAGUUUGUUGGAAUUUCAAAAAGAAGGUGUCUGUUUUGCCAUCGAUAAAGGUGGACGAGCCCUCAUAGCGGAUGAAAUGGGUCUAGGCAAAACCUAUCAAGCUAUUGCCAUAGCGGACUUCUAUAAAGAGAACUGGCCACUGCUAAUUUGCACCACGGCUUCUACUAGAGACGUGUGGGCUAAAACAAUCAGAAAGUUGCUUCGUUAUGUGCCGGUGCACAACAUUGUCACGUUACAAGGAAGCCAAGAUUCUAUAGGGGAUGCACGUAUUCUGAUCUCAAGUUAUGCGCUGAUGGAAAAAUGUGCCGAGAAGCUACUCGAGCAAGGUUUCGGUUUCAUUAUCAUGGACGAAUCGCACACGUUGAAGAAUUUUAAAGCAAAGUGUACUACCGUUGCUCAAGAACUGGCACGGAAGGCUAAACGGGUGAUUUUGUUGUCGGGAACACCUGCAUUGUCGCGGCCCGUUGAACUGUUCACUCAGCUGCAAAUGUUGGAUAAGAACUUUUUUCAGUUCAAGGAGUAUAGCACCAGGUACUGCGCCGGCAAGCAAACAAACUUUGGCUGGGAUGCUAGCGGGCAGUCGAAUUUGCCAGAGCUGAAUCUGCUGCUAGCGGCAAAAUUCAUGAUUCGACGUACCAAACAGGAUGUGAUGAGUCAGCUGGCUGAGAAGAGUCGCGAAACUGUGAUACUGGAUCCGUCGCUACUGUGGAAGAACGAAGAAACUGAGGAAGAUUUGCACACUUAUGCUGCGGACUACUCGAUGAGCAAGGGUCGCCAGCGGGAGGAAAUUCUAUUCAAAUAUUACAACGCGACCGCGGAAGCGAAAGCACCAGCUGUGUGUGCGUAUCUCAAGCAACUAUUGAAAGAGAAGCAAAAGUUCAUCAUAUUUGCCCACCAUAUCAAAAUGUUGGAUUCUAUCUCCAAACAACUCAGUAAGCAAAAGGUAGAUCACAUUCGGAUCGACGGAACGACGAGGUCAGACCUGAGAUCGCAAUUGGUGAAUAAAUUUCAAACAAAGGAUUCCUGUAGAGCAGCGGUACUAUCCUUGAAGGCAUGCAACGCCGGUAUAACACUAACAGCCGCACAACUUGUCAUUUUUGCCGAAUUGGAUUGGAAUCCAAGCACGCUUGCUCAGGCAGAGAGUCGCGCCCAUCGAAUCGGACAGGAAGGCAAUGUGAUUGUUCGAUAUUUGCUGGCUAAAGGGACAGCCGACGACAUAAUAUGGACUAUGCUGCAGAAGAAGCAAGAUAUUCUCACUAAGGCUGGUUUGUGCAACGAGGAUUUUUCCGAUUCAACUCACGUCGAUGCGCCAUGCUCGGCCGGAAACAUUGAACCGUUCUUGGAGAAACGUACUUGCGUACCAGAGGAUCCAAAUUCAAACUACGAGAUCGAUAACGUGCCGGAACAAAAUGAUAACCAGCACGAGUUUCUAGGUAUGUUGGACGACGGAGAGGAUGACGAUUUGGCAGGAAUGGAUUUGUAGAUUGAUUAUUGAUGCUAUACAAAAUUUAAUUUAUUUCGAAAAAAUACAACUUUUUGUUAAUGAUUUAAA